UUGAUCUGCUCUUGCUGGAAGCUGCAGCCCCAUCUUAAAAGCGCUGCCCUCAUAGUCUCAUUUGAUUUUCAACCUCCACCACCGUCUCAUCGCCCCGGAGAGGAGUGCGCUUUCACAGGUUCUCCACCAUGCGAGCUCUCAAUCCAUCUGCCCCAUUCACCACCUUCCUCCCGUCAACCGUUAGCAGAGGUUCCAAGACCCAAUCCCUGCUUUGCCUCUCCAAAUCCAAAUCCAAAUCCACAUCCACAUCCACCGUCCACUUCGAUUUCCUCGCCAGUUCCUCCGCUGCCCCAUUCAAAUCCCUAGCUCCUCUUAGAUACUCUGCUCCUCCCUGCUCCUCCGAGGAUCUCUCCUCUCCAGUCCACGAUUCCUCCGCUGCAUCUGUCGUCUCCAGUUCGGGUAAGUCUCUGAAGAAUCGACUCCGAGAUGGGGAGACUCUCUACGGGCUCUUCCUGCUCAGCUUCUCCCCUACCCUCGCUGAAAUCGCCGGCCUCGCGGGCUACGAUUUCGUGCUCGUCGACAUGGAGCACGGCCCCGGCGGAAUCACCGAGGCUCUCCACUGCAUGCGAGCUCUUGCAGCCACUCGGACUCCGGCGAUUCUGAGAUUGCCGGAGACUUCUCCUGUCUGGGCCAAGAAGGCCCUGGAUCUAGGUCCUCAGGGGAUUAUGUUCCCGAUGAUCGAUUCCCCCAAACUGGCGAAGAAAGCAGUCUCGUACUGCCGCUUCCCGCCGGCGGGGAUCCGGGGAUCGGCCCACACGGUGGUGAGAGCUUCGGAUUACGGGAUCGACGAAGGGUAUUUGAGUAAUUACGAGGAGGAGCUGCUGAUUAUGUGCCAGAUUGAGAGCGAGGAAGCGGUGAAGAAAGCCGAUGAGAUCGCUGCCGUGGAUGGGGUUGACUGCAUUCAGAUGGGCCCACUGGACCUGAGCGCCAGCAUGGGCUAUUUGUGGGACCCGGGCCACAAGAAGGUCCGGCAGAUGCUGCGGGCGGCGGAGAAGACGGUGUUGGAGUCCAACCCUACCGGCGGCGGCAAAGGAGGAGCGUACCUGGCGGGGUUCUCGAUGCCGUUCGAUGGGCCGGUGGAUAUGAAGGCACGCGGCUACCAAAUGGUCUCCGGCGCCGUUGACAUUGGGCUGUUUCGGAACGCCGCCGUGGAAGACGUGAGGAGGUUCCGGAUGAGCUUGACCCAGAGCUCCGAUGAAGAAGACGACGACGGUAAAGACCCCGAUGAAAAGUACUGGAGCGAGUGAGCUCAACUGAACAGCCCAGGUCUCUUUCUGCAACAACAAUUUGGUUUUUCUUUUUGUCUAAUUUCUGCAAGUUCCAUUGCCAAGAACAUUCUAGCUACAAAAAUCGUUUGUUCUGAACAGAGUUCUCUGCGAAAUGCUUAGGGUUUUUGCUUCUUGGAUUUUUUUCGUGUAGUAUGUAUGGAUGGUCACGUUGAGAGUGUUUAUUCCUUUCUGUAGCAGACGAGGAAUUUUACAAUGCUAUAUAGUAUUGGUGCUAUAGAUUUUUCCCUUUAUGGUACAACUUGAAGUUGUACCUUUAACGUUAUGGUACAACUUCAGAUUGUACCUAUACUCUUUUGUCAAAUUGUUUUAUGGUAUAACUUAAACUUGUACUUUCAUUUGAUGGUACAAGUUUAAGUUAUAAAGUUGUACCAUAACA